AUGUCCGAUAAUGGAACAAACUUUGUGGGUGCCAAUCGUAUUCUUAUGGCAGAGUAUCAAGAAUUUAUCAAAAAGUCCUCCAAAGAAAUUUCAGAGAAAUAUGUUAUCAAUGGCUUCGAAUGGAAGUUUAUUCCUCCUAGCGCCCCACACAUGGGAGGACUAUGGGAAGCAGGAGUAAAAUGUUUCAAGGCACAUUUCAAAAAAGUAAUGAAAGAUAGAAAAUUUAAUUUUGAAGAGUUUUCCACAAUAUUGGUUAGAAUUGAGAGUGUGUUAAAUUCGAGACCUUUGACACCAUUGUCGGAAGAUCCAGAGGAUUUGGAGGCUUUAACACCAGCGCACUUCCUGAGAGGUGGAUCCCUAAUAUUUGCUCCGGAAAUGCCACUAGACGAUUUAUCUCUUAUAAAUCGAUGGGAAAAGGUUAAAGUUCUUCAUCACACAUUCAGCAAAAGAUGGAAAUCUGAGUAUAUCCAGGAACUCCACAAACGCUACAAAUGGCAGUAUCCCCAGAGGAGUCUGAAGGAAAAUGACAUGGUUCUGAUAAAAGAUGAACUUCUACCACCAAAUGACUGGAAGAUGGGACGAGUUUUAAAAGUAUAUGAAGGGCAUGAUGACCACUUGUACAAUCAUGAACAUGGGACAAAUUGA